AUGCCAAUCGAACGUUCACCUUCCAAAAUUCAGUUUUACUGCUCCUCGUCAUCCCCAGAUUUAUCAGAGGACAAAAAUAUAACUAUGAGACCUCAGAAGCGGAAGCAAGGUGAUGACAUCGAGUUUCUUAUGCAAAAAUUCGAAAGUAUGUUUUCUAAUUGGACGUCGACUCAGGACGAGAAAUACGCAACACUAUUAGAAACAAUGAAUACAAUUAAGGACCAAAACACUCAUAUUUCGUCCUCCCUCGAGUUUUUAUCUCAUCAAUAUGACAGUUUAAAAGAUAAAUAUGAUAAUUUACUUCAAGGGAAAAAAGUGGACAAAAUUUAUAUUGAAAAUCUAGAAAAUAAAAUUGAAAUAUUGGAGAGAAACAAUCAUGCGUCAUGCAUAGAAAUAAGAAAUAUCCCGAGUAUAAAAAGAUAA